AUGCCAUCAUUGGCUUUCGAAGUCGGAGAAUGGUCGACGGACACCUUCUCCAUUGCACGCCCGAUGCGCCCGGCUCUUCUUCGACUCCUGAAGAGGCCGUCCGCCCUCUCCAUCCUCGAUUCGCUCGCGGCUACCCCGAUUGGGAUUGAGCAUUUGGAGUCCAGAUACACGCGUCUGCGGUGCCAGUCGCGAUGCGCUCAGGAAGUAUCUCUCGAUGAGACCGAGGGAAGCUCAUCUACAACGAAGCUUGGGACUAAAUUGCAGACGCAUGGUGAAGGACGGCCCUUUGGCUUUAAUGUUUACGAAAUCGAACCAUCGAACGAGAAUCAUUCCCCCGGACCUCUGCAGCGCGCGGACUUCUCACACGGAACGGAUACUGCGGAUCGCUCUAGAAACUGUCUCUGGUUACAAAAAGAGCAGCUGGAUUUCGAGUCGGAUAUUGGACACACGAAAGACAUCGGAACACGUCUAGUGGACAACGCGGCGCAUCGGCACGACUUCGAGCUUUGGGAGGACCUGUUGCGGUUUCGCCAGCGUCAUUAUGGUGACAAAGGCACGCAAGAUAUCUGGGAGGCCCUGACCAUUCGUUUGAGUGAUGUCAAGCUUCCUGUCACCGGCGACAGGGCAGACUUCUUUUGGCAAAGCUUCGUGGACAUGGGGCUGAAACGAGAUCUUUUUCUCAAGGAUGUCAUGGAAUAUGCGAUUGAUAUCUGGCAUAGCGAAGGUGCUUGCUGGAGCCAACUUUAUCUAAAAGUCGUGGGUGGUCUUUUUGACCUGGGUUUGAAAAAACAAGCUAUGAAGUGGCACAAAAAACUUCAAAGCUGCGGUCUUGCUCGCCCUGAUGAAGUGAUCCAGGUUCUCCCGGCAGCAAUCCGACCAAAAAAACUACUAAGCAGCAGAAAAUCGUCGACGAGUGUUCAAAGACCACAAGCCUUCCAUAAACUCUCGUCCGUGCGAAAACUGCUCAUUUCCAUUCCAGGCCAUCAGAUCUAUGGUCGAGCUAUACUAACCCUUUUACAACAUGGGUUUGGCGAAGAUGCCAUCACGAUGCACGAAUAUCUGGUGCGAAGCGAAGAUCAUCCUAACACCUUGGAUGAACUACAGCCACUCAUGGAAUACGCAAAGAAAUUCGGAUUUCGGGAAGAAUUCGAAUUACUUCGAGAUUACGCCAAAGCUCGGUUCAAAGAAGAAUUUGCAGCCGCCGAACGAGGUAUGAAACCCACCGAAAGGACUGCUUUGAAAGGUGCAGAAGGCGGUGCUGUCAGAGCAAAACCCUUCAAAGAUGACAUUGGGGCCCGGCUUUUUGCGACACGGGCCCUUAAUUUUGAUAUGGUCGUUGGCACGAUGAAAAUGCUUGGCGUAUCAGCCAUUGGGCCACGAACUGUACGUGAAAUGGCCAUCCGAGCUCAAAAUAGCCAGGAUAUUCUGGACAAACUCAAAAGGCUCCGGCAAUCCGGAAUUUCAAUCGGAGACACAGUGUUUACGCGCCUGGUCCAAAAAUUAGCUGCACAAAAUCGUGAUAUCCUACUUUCCGAUCUUCUGAGCAGUGAUCAACACCCCGACGUUCUCGAAGAUGUUGAAUUACAGGAAUCCCUACUUGUCUCCUACUACAUUGCCCGUGAUUCACGCCAAUACAACAUGUCUUUAGCGGUUUUGGCAGAGCUAUAUCCCGAUGCCCCGGACCUGCUAGACAUCCACUUCCGCAAACACAUCGCAGCCGGACAAUUUGACGCCGCUUCCAAAGUGGCAGAUGAACUGGCUUUGCUUGGAAGGCACCUCAACGAAGUCAGUGUGGACUACAUGGCAGAUAAAGUCCUCACGGCCCGCCGAAUGAACUCUCGACCACCGCCUGGGAAACUACUGUCAACCGCAGAUGAGGUGAUGUUCAUUUUCAAGAUCUUACAGCGCGUGGUUCCCGCAGGAGGCUAUGUCAGUGCGGCAUUCUGGGUGGAGCUCUUGAAGCGGCUUGGCAUGUCAAACAAAUUCGAUGAGCUUCGAGAAUGUUGCCUGUGGCUGGCCCGUGAAUAUUCUCCUACAACUCAAACCCGACCAGGCAAACCGUGGGAUUCAUCCAAACCUGCGGUACCCUUGCCUGUACGAGAUGACCGGAUGCUCAGACUCAUCUUCUCCCUGCCAUGCAGCAUGCGAUCGUCCACUGGGGCUUCAUGA